UGCGGAGGCUCCUGGUGCCGCCGCCGCCGAAGCCGGGCAGGAAGGACGCUGCAGCGCGGGAGGCGGCCUGGGAGAUAACUCGGUUAUAGGGCAAACCAAAGAGUUCAGACCAACUGCAUAGAGGAAGGGGCCGCAGAAUGAACAGCAUCGCUCUGUGUGCAAGAUCCAGAGGGCCGUCAAAGUGAAGUGAGAGGGCUUGAAAAUGUCUGUGUGCAGUGACUUUGUGGAACACAUCUGGAAGCCUGGCUCCUGCAAAAAUUGCUUCGGUCCCCGACACUUUCACCAGCUGCAGGCAUCCCCCCUCGACCUGGGAAGCAGCAGCGAACUUUCGCAGGACCUGCGUGGAAUCCGAGCCAAACCUGACCCUCUGGAAGAUGAAGGUGUGACUUCCUUGCCUUACUCGAAGCCGACAAUUGCAGUGAAACCGACAAUGAUGAACUCGGAUAUUUCUGAGGUGUGGGCGGAUGGAAACCUGAGCGCAGAUAUCCCACAGGUCAGCCAGAGAACAGCACCCAGAAAGCAUGUUUUGGUGGAAUCCGGAGAAGAGCAAAGAGCGUACAUAAACCGUUUCGGCAGUCAUGUCCUAAGGAAACCACUCGGUCAGCAUCGUUCAAGUGAUUGUACUUCGCACAGCCCUAGUGGCCCUUCCUUGGCUGGCUCCUCUUGUCCCGCAAGCCAGGCAGAAAGAAACGUGACCUUUCUGGGUGAGGUGGAGGUAGAAGAGGAGGGAACGAAAGUGCCUGGCAAAGAGAAGUUGUUCUUGUCAUCUUUGGGCCUCUAUCACAAGCCACCCGUCUUUAGUGACAGACACAUUAAUUCGGCUGUGGGGUACUCUUCUACGCACCAGACAGAGGAGAAAGCUGGUGUAUGCAACUCUUCAGACUUGGAAACUGAAGGUGGGGAGUAUUGUUCCAUUGUAGACUGUUGUGGAGAGUCUCUUGUUCGCCAGACCCUAGGAAGUACGGAAACCAAACCAACGCGGCCUGAAAGUGAAAACCACAUUCUGAAGCUUUUGGGGCAAGAUGGAGACAUCAAGGCAGAAGCCAAGUCCAGGGUGUUAACUUUCAGCGAAGAAGGAAGUGGAGUUCUGGAUCCAGAUUCAGACUUUCAAAGGGAGAAACUUCAGCACAAUUCCAUAUACAACCACUUGCGCUCUGAAACAGAAACGUUAGCAUUUCCUUUGCGUACCAUAGUAAAAAACAGCAGCCCUGGUGGUUUGUGCCAGGGAAAUUAUUACUGUUCUCUGGAUGGGGCAUCUGAUCAAAUCAAAGGUAAGCAUACAGAAAAUGUAAACACUUCUGCAGGACGGCCCCUUGCCUGCCCUGUGGGCCUUCCCCAGAGUGAACCCAUCUAUGCCGAGAGCACAAAGAGGAAAACGGUGCAGUUGGGUAACUCCGGCGCACAUUCAGUGAGCAAUGUUUUAGCGUAUAGCCCCUGUAAAGAUCAAGCAGAUGGCCAGUGGAGGGACAGGACGCGCUGCUUGAGCUCUGAAAGCGAGUUCCAAGAGUCCGCCGCUCAGGUAGCGGCAACAAUUACUAUUAUGGCCACCCACACAGAGAAAGACAACCGGACAAUCUUUCUUAGCAGCCCAGACUCUGCUGUUGGCGUUCAGUGGCCGUGUGUUAGUCCCACCUCUCAUCCAGAGACCGGGAAAAUGUCAUCUUUCUUUGAGCACAUUGAAGGGCCUCAAGAAAGCAAUGAGAUCAGUUCGAGGGGAAACAGCCCCGGUUUUCAGGCUCAGAUGGCUGGCAAGAAUCUGGGGGGUGAGGGUCCUGCUGUUCCCCCAAAGUUAUCCAAAGGGAGCUCGCCUAGGAACGAAGGGCCUGUUGCACAACUGGUCACCUCUCCUGGGGCUGGAAACUGUGACAGCAGUGGUCAUGUGGAUGUUGUGCAAAACGAGGCGGACAGCAGAGUCGUUGGGCCUUCAUCCCCCCUUCAGGUGAACAAUACCUCCUUAGAGGAGCCCCACAGAAGUCUGUCCUCCUCCAGUUCUGAGAGAAGACACAAAUACUACAACCUGUCCUGGAGCAGGCAGUGCAAAAUAGAGGAGGAAGAGGAGGAAGGAGAGCAGAGGAUCUCGAAAAAUACUAAAGAGACAGACGUGGAGAAUGGAGUAAUUGGUCCUCCUGAUGAUCAGCAAGAGUGUGGGAAAUGCUCUGCUCAAGAGGUCAAGCCCGGUGGAAUGAGCAAAUCUGCUUCAUUUGCCUUUGAGUUCCCCAAGGACAAGAAUGGCAUUGAUGACUUUGCACCACCUCCUCCCCCUCCCAAGAAACAAUUCAGGCAUUUUUUAAAAAUGAACAAGAGUAAUUCCGACUUGGAGAAGUUCAGUGGUGACUCAGCAGAAAACCACAGCCCGCCUUUCCAGGCCAUCCACGUCACUUUCACAGCGGGCUCCUCAGAUAGUUUGAAUUUGGACACAAAUGCAUUCAGAAACGGAGGACAGUUAUGCAAGGGGAGUCUUCCUUCGCCGACUCACGCUGAGAGACGUCUCUUUCCUCCAGCGGAUGCCUCUGGGUGUUCUAGCCAAGACGGACCACAUUGCGUACCGUUACAGCCACCUCCGCUGCCGCAAAAGAAAACGGUCAGCAGAGCGGUUUCAUCUCCCGAUGGUUUUUACUGGGGCCCAGCCUCUCCAGUUAGAACAGCAAUUCCCAGAAGCCCCAAGUUGAACUUCAGUCAGUCGGAAAGCAAUGUCUGCAUCCGUGAAGAAUCUCUAUUUGGCGCCACCUUGGGAACUACCCACAAAACGUUUUCAUCAUCUGAGUCGCUAGAAAAAGCCUUCAAAGCAUCCCAGGCCCCGGUUCCACUUUCUGGUAAGAACGGCAACGUCUGCUGCGCUCAGAACAGAAGUGUGCCUCCCUGUUCCUCCUCCCAUCCCAAUACGUCCGCCCCGGUUUCCUCGGGCUCCAGUCUCCAGCUCCACAACCUCCUCAGCAACAUUGAUAACAAGGAAGGGGUGUACGCCAAGUUGGGAGGGCUCUAUGCAGAGUCCUUGCGCCGCCUGGUUGCGAAAUGUGAAGACUCUUUCAUGCGCGAACAGAAGAGCAAACUGCAUUUCAGUGAGAACAACUGGUCCCUCUUCAAGCUGAAGUGCAACAAACCCUGCUGCGACUCAGGGGACGCGAUCUAUUACUGCGCCACCUGCGCCAAGGACCCCUCCAGCACCUAUGCUGUCAAGAUCUGUAAAUCUCAAGACACUAAAACCGCCUCAUCGUGCUGCAGCCCAUCGGUCCCCAUUCACUUCAACAUCCAGCAGGACUGUGGGCAUUUUGUCGCUUCGGUACCCUCCAGCAUGUUGAAAAAUGCUCCUGUGGACAGCCAGUGUCCUUCCCGCGUUACCUCCGAGCAGGACUGCGUGGUUGUCAUCACCCGUGAAGUGCCACACCAGACCGCUACCGACUUUGUGCGGGACACCAUGACUUUCCAUAAGACUAAGCCCGAGCUGUACGAACGGCGGGUUUGUUUCCUGCUCCUGCAGCUUUGCAACGGGCUGGAACAUCUCAAGAAGUACAAUGUGAUUCACAGAGACCUUUGCCUGGAGAACUUGCUGCUGGUACACUGCAAGCCUUCUCCUGGCUGCAACAAAACCAAAGAGGACAAGCAUCUGCCAAGGCUCAUCAUCAGCAACUUCUUGAAAGCCAAGCAGAAAUCUGGGCCUGCGGAGUCCAAAGUGAAAAAGAACCGGGCCCGGCUGGCUCCGGAGAUUGUGUCUGCUUCCCAGUACAAAAAGUUUGAUGAAUUCCAAACAGGCAUCCUCAUAUAUGAGCUUCUUCAUCAGCCCAACCCAUUUGAAGUAAAGGCUGAGCUCAGGGAACAGGAGUACAGUCCGGAUGACCUGCCGCCGCUCCCCAGCCUUUCUAUUUAUUCCCGGGGGCUCCAGCAGCUCGCUCACCUCCUGCUGGAAGCAGACCCGAUCAAACGCAUUUGCAUCGCCGAGGCAAAGCGGGUCCUGCAGUGUCUGCUCUGGGGGCCCAGGAAGGACUUAAUGGAGCAGCCGCUUCACCACCAGGAGGCCCUGCAUGGCGCUCUGCACAACUGGGUGGACAUGAAGCGGGCCUUGCUCAUGAUGAAGUUCGCGGAGAGGGCGGUGGAUGCCGAGCGGAAGAUCGAGCUGGAGGACUGGCUCUGCUGUCAGUAUUUGGCCUCCGCGGAUCCAUCUUCUCUCUCCAAGUCGCUGAAACUUCUUCAGUUGCUUUGAUCGCCGUAGUAUUUUAAAUUAUGACAUCAGUUCCUUGGGAGACCUCCUUAUACUAAACGGUACACAUUGUGGGUCCCUUUGUGAAAGGAAGGUGAAGUAAAACAGGGCUGUGUUUCGCACAGAAACGCGCACCAAAAGAUCAACGCCCCAUGUAAAUUUCAGGGUAAAUAUUCAUUGUGGAUUGUUUGUAAAUUGUAAAGAGAUACAGUGUGCCCUUUCCACCAAGUAUUUGGUUUUUAGAUAAUUAAUAGAGGCAAUAAAAACAAAUUGUGUGCUUUCUUAA